AUGGCAUCCUCGCUUGCCCUCAGGCGACUUUUCCCCAACUUCAAGUUCCUCGCCGCGGAUAUCUCCCUCAUUCGCCCAAAUCCAAUCGCUGCAGCCACCCGCUCGGGCUUUGCUGCCUCCCGGAGGUACUUCUCUAACCCCGGAGGAGUUGAUGGAGACGAGGAUUGGUACGUGCGCGAGACGGAUGAGGGUUAUUACGUGCGAAUGGAGAUGGAGGGGCUUGAUAAAGAGGACGUAAAGGUGUGGGUGAAUGUGGAGGAGAACACUCUCAGCAUCAAAGGCGAGGGCGGGUUCUGCAGCUUCCAUCACCUGCCGGAGUUAUGCAAGACUGACGGCGUGAAGGCGGAGCUGAAGAACGGCGUGCUCAAGGUGGUUGUUCCGAAGGUCCACGAACAGGACAGGGCUGAGUUGAUUCAUGUCAAGGUUGAGUAG